AUGGCGGGUCGCAUAGUCGCACCACACUUCCGCUCUGAACAACUGCACCACACAACCUCCCUUACGACACCACAACCCGCUUCGAAGGCACAACCAGGCCGCAGACAAGGCCUCAACGUCGCACCCAGCGGCACAAACCCGCGGCACAAACCCGCAGCACGCGGAGCGAUGCCCUCCAACACCAUCCUCGACCCCUGCCCCUACCCCUUCCUCCCCCUCAUCGACUACCCCCAAACCGGCGGCUACCUCCAAGGCCGCUUCUGCGGCCCUGUAACCCCGACGCAAACCUGCUGCCUCCCCUGCCCCCUCCAACAAUGGGUCUCCAGCGACAACUUCGAGUACAACGCCGACGUGGCGUACUGGUUCAACGUGCCGGCGCUGGUGUGUCAGGUUUUCCUGCUGGUGACGUUUGCGGUGCUGCCGAAGGAGGUUAGUGGAAGGCAUUAUUUGAGUAUUGGGUUGUGUGUUGCGUUGGUGCUUUUGGAGAUCAGCUUUAUUAUCCCGCUGGCGGGGAAUCCGGACCAGUGCUAUAACAUGAUCACGCCGCGGGACAUGUACUCCAGCAUGUCCUGCGCCUGGUCCGGGACGUUGUUGGAAGUCGGGGCCAUGUCCGCUGUAAUCUGGAUCCUCCUCCGCUCCCUCUGGACCCACCUCCGCGUGUGCUGGAACAUCGAACACACCCCCGCCUUCCUCUGGAUCGCACACCUCCUCGGCUGGGGCCUCCCCGUCAUCUUCCUCGCCAUCUCCCUCCCCAUCACCGGCGUCUCCUUCCGCGUCGGCGGGACCUGUCUCCCCAACCCCAACGGCGCUUUCGUCACCUGGUUCGGCUGGCUCAUCACCUUCGCCGCCGCGGGCGCCAUCAUCCAGUUCGCCACGACCGGAUUCUGUCUCGCGAUCUACUUGAAAAGUUUCUUCAAACAGGACCCGCAGUCCUUCAGCAGCACCACCGGCGCCAGCAUGGCUUCCGGCCCUAGCGCAGCUGGCAACGCAAACGGCAACGGCCAAACCAAGCACUCCGCGCGCAAAAUGGCCAAACGCCUCGCCUGGCGGCGCGUGCGGAAAGUGAUGCAGAUGCAAUGGCGGUCCAUCGCGCUCAGCUUAUUCGUGAUCCUGCAGACGUGCUACUUCGGGUCCAUCUACGUGGCGCAGGUGCAGAACUCCAAGGCCAACGCGAAGCCGGAGCACUCGGAGCAGGUGUUCCAGUGGAUCUCAUGUCUGGUGCAAAGUGGUGGGGAUAAGGACCGGUGCAUCUAUUUGGCCAAGUCGCUGAGUCUGCCGGAGGCGAGCGUGAUUACUAACUUUUUUCUCGUUUCGAUCAUCGGCAUAGUGACUUUCCUCUUGAUGGUCCGCUGGUCCAUGCUCGUGGCCUGGUGGGAGUUGAUCUGCGAUCCGGGUCGUGGACGCCGACGACAGAGCAGCGCGGCGGACUGGGUGUCAGCUCCGCCGAAGCGGCUGUCGCUCGGAAGGAUCCUGGCAUCAGAUCGACUGCCCAAGACUACCGCGGGUGGCGAGGAAGAGAUGCCAAAGGCUCACACGGGUGUUCUGCCUUCGCCUGAGAAGGACCGAGCGAUAAGUGUGCCCGAGGCCGGGGAUGUUGCGAAGAGGCAUGAGACGACGACUCUGUUUGACGAAGAUGGGGAUCUUGAGGAUGAGAGGAGGAUAAGUCGAUCUGGGAGAUUGAGAGGUGGAGAUGAUGUGAUUUGA